GUGGUUCGGCUGAUGAUGUUAAAGUAUGCCCGUAGGGUCAGGGUAUUUGAGAGCGUGGCUGCAGAAAUCUCUCCCACAGAUCCAGCCGGGGCGCCGGGCUUUGGGAAAAGCCCCGGAGCGGAUGCAGAGGAUGUGCUGCACAGGGCUGGGAUGUUUGAACUGCACUGACCACACAUCCCCUUAGUGCAUACCCCAGUGAUGGAGCUUUAAGGAUCGUGUAAAUGAGAAAAAAAAAGUAGAAAUAUCCCCUUUUCGGCUUUAGAUGGCUUGCGGGUGAUGCAUUGUGCAAGUGCCUCAAGGUUGUCCUACAGGAUGUGUUCCCCAAAUCCAGCAAACUGGGUCACCUUUGAUGAUGAGCCUCUCUUCCAGUCACCUCAGAAACUGGUUGACAAUCAGAGUAGCUCCAAACCAAAUGGCCUAAAGCUCAACCUGUGCAGUGUUCAUGAGUCUUCUAGCAGGUCAUCCUCUACAGGCAGCACUCCGCUCUCAUCUCCUGUGGUUGAUUUCUACCUAAGUCCUGGACCCCCCAGCAACUCUCCACUUACUACACCUACCAGAGACUACCCAGGAAACCCCUGCAUUCCAAAGUCUGGGAUUCACAUGCUUUACCCCAUCCCUGAAUGGCCAUCAAAUGUUAACCCUUCUCCAUCCCCUGAGAUUUGCUCAUCCCUGGCCUCACAGAAACCGAGCAGCCUUCCUUUGAGCCCCUCACCUAAUGACCAUCCAGGUAAGACUUUGGUCUCCAAAUCAGCAGAUGAAGAAAGUCCUAACCCACCAGGAAACUGCGAGGAGCUGGCUCCAGGACACUUCCCGUACUUCCACAGUGACUGUGCUUUUUCCAGUCCUUUUUGGAAGGAAGGGUGUUCCCUCAGCAUGUCACCAGCUAAUGCUAGCAUGCACAGGAAGGACAAAGUGCUUGACAGGAGUGGGUGUCAUCCUAGAGACAAAGAAAUGUGUCAUGAUCAGAAAAGCCUUAACCAGGGCUCCUUCAGUUACAUCUGUGAGAGGCUUGAACACCUACAAGCUGACAGCUGUGAGGCCGUGGAAAACCCACCCAUUUCCAGCACCCACGCGUGGCACAAGCUCUCCCCCACCAUCCCACGCAGCCUUUUCAGGAGCCAGAAAUCAGAUGGGUGGCCAUUCAUGCUGAGGAUUCCUGAGAAGAAGAACAUGAUGUCAUCUCGGCAGUGGGGCCCCAUUUACCUGAGCGUCCUGGCUGGAGGGGUGUUGCAGAUGUAUUAUGAAAAGGGCCUGGAGAAACCUUUCAAGGAAUUCCAGCUGCAGCCGCAGUGCAAGCUGUCUGAACCCAAACUGGAGAGCUACAAUGUCUCAGGAAAAAUCCACACUGUGAAGAUCGAGUGCGUGUCUUACACGGAGAAGAGGAGGUACCACCCCAAAGUAGAGGUGAUCCAUGAGCCAGAGGUGGAGCAGAUGUUGAAGCUGGGCACCACCGAUUAUAACGACUUCACCGAUUUCCUUGUGACGGUCGAGGAGGAGCUCAUGAAGCUUCCUACUGUUUCCAGACAAAAGAGGAAUUACGAGGAGCAAGAAAUGACUCUGGAAAUAGUGGAUAACUUUUGGGGCAAAGUCACUAAGGCAGAAGGAAAACUCGUAGAAAGUGCGGUCAUCACACACAUUUACUGCCUGUGUUUUGUGAACGGCGGUGCCGAGUGUUUUCUAACCCUGAACGACCUGGAGCUCCAGAAGAGGGACGAGCGUUACUUUGAGAAGGAGCAGGACAAGAAGUGGAUCGAGAUUCUCGACUACCAUUUCCAUAACUGUGUCAAAGCACAGGAAUUUGAGCAGUCACGGAUUAUUAAGUUCACACCCCCGGACGCCUGCAGGCUGGAACUGAUGCGUUUCAGGACACGCUACAAUGGACAAGACCUUCCCUUUUCUGUGAAGGCUGCAGUGGUGGUUCAGGGGGCAUACAUUGAACUUCAGGCUUUCAUAAACAUGGCUUCAACUGCUCAGAUCCCCACACGGGUACCCUCUGUGAAAUACUGUGAAAAUGUUAUGAUACGCUUUCCUGUUCCCACACAGUGGAUCAAAGCACUUUGGACCAUGAACCUCCAAAGGCAGAAGUCCCUAAAAGCCAAAAUGAAUAGGAGAGCAUGCCUUGGGGCUUUGCACGAGGUUGAAUCUGAUCCCGUAAUCCAAGUCUCGGUUGGAACAGCAAAAUACGAGAGUGCCUACAGGGCUGUGGUGUGGAAGAUUGACAGGCUUCCAGAUAAAAAUUCAAGUUUGGAUCAUCCACACAGCCUGUCUUACAAACUGGAACUGGGAUCAGACCAGGAGAUACCAUCUGACUGGUACCCAUUUGCUACUGUCCAGUUUGUUGUUCAUGACACCUGUGCCUCAGGAACAGAAGUGAAGUCCCUGGGCAUAGAGAGUGAUCUGCAGCCCCAAAAACACGUGGUUCAGAAAGCUUUUUACAAUUGUCAGGUUGAAAUUGAAAAGAAGUGGAUUAGGCUUGAUGGAGAAGACCCAGAUAAGGCUGGCAACUGCCUAAUGCGGGCGGGGGCUGAGGCGGCCGUUGGCGCUGCCAUGGCUCACAGCAGCCCCGUGCCUGAACUUUACAAGUCCAUCAUUGAAGAUGUGAUUGAAGGUGUGCGGGAGCUCUUUGCAGAGGAGGGUGUAGAGGAGCAGGUUCUGAAAGACUUGAAGCAGCUUUGGGAAACGAAGGUGACACAGUCUAGAGCAACAGAAGGCUUCUUCAAACACAGUCACUGUUCUCCACGGUUCAGUCUGCAGCUGCCACACAGUUCUCACAGCAUUUUGCAGACUUCAGCAGCUUCUUAUGUCAUCCAAGCUGGCAGAGGUUUUCAGCAUUUCACAGCAGCAAAACUGGGGCCCCCACGAGUGGGCGUGACUCUUGCUCUCCCUUCGUGUGUUGCUUAUCCUUUACAGAUGCCAGCUGGAGUGAUGCUGCAGCCAGCACCAGGGCAACUUUACAAGCUGAAUGUGCCUGUUGUGGUCACACAGGCCUCAGGAGAUGGAAGCAUUCUCCACUACCCUGUGCAGCAGAUGUUUCAUCCCCUUGGGCAAGCUUCAGUUCUGCAGGCCAGCCUUGCCAGUGUCACACAGCUGAAUGCAUCUGCUGCCCAUGCAGCUGGUGAAACACAGCAGCCCCAGGAGACUGCCCUCCAACAGGCUGUGCUGUUUAAACCAAGCUAUGUGGAAAAACAACACCCGGAGAACUCAGCUACCUUGGUCCAGCAGCCUUCUGUGAGUCUGCAGGAGUAUGAAAUUAAUGCAGUGCUGAAUCAAUGCAGUGAAUCCACAGAAAAAUUCCAGCAUGACAACCUUCACACAGCUGUGUUUACUCCAGAAUGCUCUGAAGGACUUUUUAUUGAUGAAUCCUUGGCAAGCAGCUCAAGCAGUGUCCUGCUGGAUGUGGAGGGGCAGCUGGACAUGGAGCAUCCGGAGCUGCUGCAGCAGCAGGUGUCUGAUGAUAUCAUUGACCUGAUUAUUGCAGGGGAAAGUUUGGAUGAAAAUGCAUUUCUAAAGGAUCAGGGCAGCAUGGCUUCCUCUGACAAGGUGGAACCCGCGGAGCAGGCGGAAUCCGAUUUACCGCUGGGGAAAGAUCUCUGCAGUGACAUUGAAGGCAUAAGUCAGCUCGAUGGCACCGGGGAUGUUUCUUCCAAGGAGCAAGUACCACAUACAAAAGAUAAAGAAGAGAGUGAAUUCAUUGGCUUUAUUGAUUCAGAGGAUCUAAGAGUUCUGGAUGAUGAGGAAGAUUAUGAUGAAGAAUGUGACAGUUCUUCAAACAUAGAGUCCAGUGGCAGUGAUGGGGAUAAUGAAGACCUCCAGAUAGACAUAGUUGAGGAGGACCCCUUAAACUCUGGUGAUGAUGUCAGUGAGCAGGACAUUGCAGACUUGUUUGACACCGACAAUGUGAUAGUUUGUCAGUAUGAAAAGAUACAUCGAACUAAGAACAAAUGGAAGUUCUACUUAAAAGAUGGAGUGAUGUCCAUUGAGGGUAAAGAUCAUGUUUUUGCAAAAGCCACUGGAGAUGCAGAGUGGUGAAACUCCACUCCAGUAUGUCCUUGAAGGCUGUGGCAUUAUUUCCUUAUAAGCCUUCUGUUAAACAUCGGGACUUUCUAUUGUUGUGCCAUUAAAAAAAUCCAAAAAAAAACAAAACCAAAAAAACCCCCCAAAAUCGAAAGAAAACCAAACCCCAAAACAACAAAUCUGCGAUGAAAAAAUAUGCAAAACCUGUGUUGUUAAUUCCUGGUGUUAAUCUGUUUAGUUUGCAAAGCAAACCACUGUGCUGUUAGCUACUCAGCUGUCUUUGCUGUUCUUUUCUCAUUAUUUCAUU